AAGCCAGCUUCGAUGCCACGAAGUAGUAAUAUAAAGCAAGAUUUCUCUUUAGUUUUUUUAUUCAGAAACAGAGGAUCACACCUGAACGUCACCUUUUAAUUAGACAAAAGACUUUGUAAGGUGUUUGUUUGUUUCCCAUUGCCAUUGCCAUUUUGACCAUGGCGCAAAAAUGUACUAUCGAUCAGAUUAAAGACGUCCUAUCUGGCCUGCAGUCUCAGUUAGAUGCCAUACAAGAAUCCAAGAGAGAUACCGUUCUUGACUUACAGUCUGAGCUAGAUGCCCCAACCCAAUCCAAGAAAGAUAAUGCUGUUGAAAAGAAUGAGGAACCGGUUGAAGAGAAGAGACCUCAAACAUCAUCUUGGUGGGGUCGGAUCAGAGAAGCAGUUAAAAAAGGUUUUAAAGUGAAGAAAGAGAGCUCAGCCUAUGCAAGUGACAGCGUCGAAGGCAGUCAAGGCGGAAGCAGAAAAAGCAAGAGAAACCCCCGCCAAGAUGAAAAAGAUGCAAACCUCCGCCAAGAUGAAAAAGAUGCAAACCUCGAGAUCUUGAAACUGCAAAUCGACAUUCGUCAGAUGAAGGCUGCGUUUGAGAAACUGGCUCAUUUCCAAAGCAAUAUUAGCAAGUCGUUGGAGAUUGAAGUGCCUUCAAAUAAACUAAGAGCAAUACUAUUGAAGACUGAUUCAGCCAAGUCCCGGGCUCGGGAUCUCAAGGAAAUCAGAAGAAAGGUUCUCAACUUGAAGAGUCAGAUCCCGUUGUUGCUCAAGAAACAAUCAUCCAUAGGUUUAAGCGUUACAGAUUCUCAAACCUUUGAGGAAAAUGGUCAGAUCAUUGAGACAGGGAGCGACAUAUUCUUGCCUGGCCUCCACGUUUCCGAUGAUUUCAAAGAUUCUUCAGCAUUUGAAGAAGUCGUGGACAAGUUUGAAGUACUUGAGUUCACAUACAUGCUAUGUUUGCUGUCCUUCGCCGUGUUCCCGGAGAACAAAGAGGUUGAAAAGACAAUGUUGAUGUACUGGUGGAUCGGAGAAGGUUACAUCAGCUACGAAGAUUCGGAAAACACAGUAACGAGAUAUCUUGAUGAAUUCUCAAGAAAAGGGUUGGUGGAGGCGGUCGAAGAUGAGAGGAAACUAAAACCAGGUGGUUAUAAGAUGGAUCCUCAUGUGCACGCUGCAGUUAUCUACCUAGCCAGCCAUAAGGGGCUAGGGCUAUUUGAUCUCUACUCCAAAAAGAUGCAAGCCUCAGAGAGUCAUAACGUGUGCCUAGUACAAAAAUCGUCGUUACAACCAGAGGCUAAAGCAUCUAAAAUGCCACUGAAAGAUUUGAACUCGGUUUUCAAUUCCUCGGAAAGGUACCCUGAUUUCACAUUCAAGUGGUUUCCGGAGAUGGAUUCACUCAAGGUGCUUUAUUUAGGAAGAUGGGAACGCACUGCAAAGCGUCACAUUGAAGUUGAGAGCACAGAGUUUCUCAAGGAUAUAAAGUCUCUCAAGAGUCUCAGGCUGGCAAGUUUUCAAGGGAUCUCGAGGAUCGAAAACCUCAAAAAACUCCCAUGCUCGCUUCCGAAGCUAGUGAUAUUGGAUCUAAGAGCAUGCUACAAUCUAGAGGGUCUUCCUGAAGACAUAGGCUCGCUUGAGAGUCUGAUAUACUUGGAUGUAUCAGAGUGCUAUAUGCUAGAUCGCAUGCCUCGAGAGAUUUCGCGUCUUAAGACACUACAAGUUCUUAAGGGCUUUGUGAUUAGCCAGUCGGAUAAUGAAAAAGAGUGUGCAGUUAAACACCUUGAGAAUCUAAGGAAGCUAAGCGUUACAGUAAACAAAUACCAAUUCAAGGUGGAGGAUUUCAUGGAGUCGUUGAAAGACCUCAAGCAACUGGAGAGUCUGAAAAUAGCAUGGGGAGCUCGGUUCCCGUAUGAAGAAGGAGGAGGAAAAAUGGAAGAAACAGAUGAAGCAAAGGGGAGUAAAGAAACAGCAAACGAGGAGAAUCCUCCAAAGGAAGAAAAAGAUGAGAAGAAGGGACAGACAAACGAAGAUAUUAAUGAAGAGAGCUUGAAGGCUGAUAAGGUCAUUGAGGGAGACAAUGGGAAUGCUGCUCAGGAGGAAGGAAAGAAGCAAGAUAAGGUAGAUGCAGAGAAAUCAAGAUCAGAAGAUGGUGUUAUAAAGGCGAGUACAUCGUCGGAAUCAACAAACACGAUCGAAAACAAGAAAACAGAUGACAAACAAAAAGAGAAAAGGGAGAAAGUUAAUCCAGAAGAAGGAAAGAAGAAAGAUGAGGUGAGCUCGAAACCAGACAUGGUUACUGAAGGAGAUGAGAAAGACACUGUAAAAAGCAAGCCAGAUGAUCACCAAAGUGGUGACAAACCAGAAGAGAAAAGAGAUGGGGAAGAGGAUAAAACGGAAGGAGAGAAGAAAGCAGAUAAGGUAGAUAAGAAGACAAGUCCACCACAAGAAUCCAAAGACACUGUCACGAGCAAGCCAGAUGAUCAUCAAAGAGGUGGCAAACAAGAAGAGAAAAGAGAUAAAAUAGAAGAAGCUAAUACCAAAGAUGAGGUGAAAGCAGAGAACUCGAAACUAGAUGAGAAGACAAGUCCACCACAAGAAUCCAAAGACACUGUAACGAGCAAGCCAGAUGAUCAUCAAAGAGGUGACAAACAAGAAGAGAAAAGAGACGAAGGAGAAAAGGAUAUAAUAGAAGAAGAAGGAAAGAAGAAAGAUGAGGUAAAAGCAGAGAUGUCAAAACCAGACAAGAAGACAAGUCCAGCAGAAGACACGAUCAAGAGCAAGGCAGAUGAUCACCAAGAAAACAGUAAAGAUGGAGAAAGGAUCAAGGCUGCUUUAAAGAAGCCUGAUGAUGAAGGAGAAGCAAAGACUCAAAAGUUAGACAAGAAGAAGCUUGGUAAGAAAGUAAGUUUUUCAGAAGAACCGAGAGCUCCCGUGCAGAAGAAGCAAGCUACCAAGGAAUCUGGACCAAGAAAAUCAAAACUGUUCACCAUCACGAGAACCGAAACCAAGAAACAUGGGAAAGGAAGGCAAGAAGAUUCGGGGAUAGGUACCUCUAAGCUUCCUUCUAGCUUGAAGAAGCUGGAGCUAGAAUGUUACCCUGAAAAGGAACCUCCGGUUUGGUUAAACCCCAAAACACUUGACAAACUUGAAAAGCUCUCAAUCAAAGGAGGAAACCUUAGCAGUUUCAGCGACCACCCUUCAAAUGCAGAAAACAAAUGCAGCGUUCAGAUCUUACGUUUGAAGUAUUUACAUGAAUUCAAGGCUGAGUGGAAAGAUUUGCACACACUGUUUCCACAACUGAAACUGUUGGAGAAAUUUAAAUGCCCGGAAGUUGCAUUCUGUCCCACAGAUGGUAAUGGAGUCUGGAGAUCACAGCCAUAGACAUCACCAAGUAUUUGCUAAUUUGAUAUAACAACUCCUUGUUUCAAUAAGGGGAAGAAUAGCCUUUGUAACUUCAUUAGAGCUUAUGUAUCUAUCUCUCCCACACUCUGAAUAAAUAAACAUUCCUACUUAUUUAAUCAAAUGUUAAC